UCGUUUUCAAUCUAUAAACAUAGUAAAUGAAUAUUUAGAGGGAAAAAAAUAUUACUCCGGUUGAAUUUUUAUGUCAACACGAUACCUCUCUACGGCCUUACACGGACGAAUUAAAUGAAUCUGGAAUGACGGAAGUUGCUUCAAAACUCGAUUAUCUUAAGUCAUUGGCUACGAAACAUUCAUCUAUUCAAAACAAUAACCUAGAACAACAAGACUAUUUAACUAAAAAACUCUCAUAAUUUUUCAAUGGAACCAAAAAUAUGGAUUUGAGCAGGAAAGAAAGGGACGAAAUUCUGGCCCGUAAAUUGCCUAUCAUCGAAAAAUUAAACGAGGAAAUCGGGAGACGUCAAAAAGAAAUCAUAGCGGACGAACUAACCGCCGAACGUCUUAAUGCGUCUUUUAACUUCACACCUAGUAAAGAUGAGGAAUCGUGCAAUCACAAUUUCUUACUACAACACAAAAAUCAACAACGUAAUAUUGAUUAUGAUAAAAAUUGCACACAUAACAAUUAUUUAACGUCCUUCAACAACAAUAAGGAUAAAUCGAAUGGAAAAAAAUGGCCGAGAGAUAUGAACAUGGCCCGAGAACAAAAUGAGCAUGAUAUUUUUGGCGAACGCACCAAAAAUGACCUCCAAAAUAAGGCAUCCUUCCAAAAUUCUUACAAGACCGGAGAAUUGAAAUGUGGUUAUUACCCAAAUUAUUCAAACCAUUUUAACAAGGUAAAGGGGUUUAACAAUAAUAUUGGUAAUAAUAAAAAUAGUAAUUCGCAGCCUCAAAACGCCGGGAAAUUUAUGAAUGUCAUAUAUUAUAAUAAUCUGGCGUUUAAGGGGACCAGCCAAAAGGGAGAAUCUAAAGAAAGGCAUAUUAACCGUCCCGUCGUUAAUGGAACGAGCGUUGAGAAGAGAAAUAGAUCUAUACCGUUGACACCACCGCCCAGUCCCCCAAGGUUCAAUUUUUUAUACGACUCUUACCGUUACAAAGUGCGUGGGGAAUCUAAACCUGGCAAAGAGAAACAUACUUCGGUUAACAACAACUUUGGUUACCCCUCCAAUGGCAGAAACAAAAUUGACAGCGCGGAUAUGGUAGAAAAUAAUAAUUUUCAACGUAACGAUCUCAAUUUUAGGAAUAAUACUAAUAACGAAACUAAAUCGAAUCAAAUCCAUUUCAAUUCCAUCGAAAGAAGCAAAGUUAAAAGACAGAUGGGAACUGGAGGAAGAAUGGGUGAUUUUAAAGACAAUUAUUGUAAUAUUAGAAAUAUGGAAUAUGGUAGAUCUGAUUCGGGUAAGUCUAAUCGAGGUACUCAACAAUUUAGCAAUAACAUAUCAAAUUCUAACACAAAAUCAGGAUCUGCUAAAAGCAAUAAUCAGCAGAUCAAGAGUAUAUUCUUGGAAAGAAGGUCAAAGACAUCUCAUUUUAUACCCGUACACCUACGAAAUGGUAAAAAUUAUCAUCUUGAUAACAACUUUGACAACAUAAACCGACCUGAUUCCAGUCAAUUCAAUAUUGCGAAUAAUGUGAAUCCCAUUGACGAUGCUAAAAUUCAUUCGAUUAUUAAUCAUAAUAGUUCUAAAAAUGGCAAAAAUAUCGGCAAAAACCACCAUAAAAAACAUCGCCAAAGGAAUAGCAAAUUAAUCGGAACUGCUUGUCUUAGUAUAGAAGAUAUCAGUAAUCUAUCUCUAUCGCCCUCUUUAUUGUCCCCGAAUCGAGACAACCCUAUAAUUGCCAAGCUUUUCCCCUCGCCUUCCGAUACGGAUUCCUUAAUGAGUAGCACUAACACCUUCUCUAAUCACAGUUAUCCAACUAGCCCCGAAAAAUCGUAUCAUAAGAAGGAUGAGCAUAGGAGUGACCACCAAGCGAACACAUUGCAACCUAUACAUAGCAACGAUCUCCAUCGUGCCACCCAAACCAAAUUAUGUCUGACUCCGGCUUACGCUAUACUUGAUUCUCUCACUUACGAAAGCGGGGAUAUUGAACGUUUGGAAUCGUUGAUUCUCAAAGAAAUUUUGGCAGAAGAUCCAUUUGCUAACGAAGGAAAUUUCCCAGUUUUUAAAUCUUUCGAGGAUUCUACAAAUUCUAAUUACGUUAGGAUAAGUAAGGGACCAAAAGAUGAUUCCUAUCUUUCAUACUUGGAUAAUUAUUUGAACAGUAGCGAUGCGUCAUCUAUUGAUGAAAACUACAAUUAUGACGAAUUAAGUCCUUAUAGAUUAAAUGGGACAGGUGAUGGGAAAUUAUCUCCAUCAUCUCCACUCGUUUGGGAUACCUCCGCUGACAUAGAUAGUUGUUUGACUUAAAUGUUAUAUUUACUAUAUUUAAAGAUUUGAAAAUGAUAACAAGAAUAAUAUUUUUCAAUUUUGAUGAUUGGCUGAAACCUUGUGGAUUCAGGACAAUAUUCAGAGAAGAAAAAAAUCUCUUUUAAUAAUUUUUUCUAAUUCUAAUGGCAGUACUUAAUAAAUUACAUUAUUAGAUUUUUGUAAUUAGUGCAUAUUAUUUUGAAAAUGGGUGAUAUUAUUAUAGAUUAAUUGUUCUUCCAUAUAUAAAGUAAUUCCUAAUUAUAUAUUGAUAAUACAUAUGUAUGGAUUUGAUGAAUUAUAAUUUUUGAAACAAUACCUAUAAAACGGUGCUACCCCAUAUUUAAUAUAUUUAAUUCAUAUGAUUUUAUUCAAAUAUGUAUUUAACACGACGAUACCUUCCAACAAUUAU